CGUGGCUGCAGCGAGACGCACGUGCCCCUGGUCCAGCUGCUGCAAGUCGCGUGUCCGAUUCAUGCUCGCCGAGCAUGUUCCUCUCUGAGUCGCCCUACUGGUCCAAGCCGCCGCGCGACGGCUUCUGGAGCAGCCACAAACGCCUCACCGUCAACGUCAUCAGCGACGGAAUCACACGGCUGCCUGUGCUGGAAGGAGAAAUCAGCCACAUCGAAAUUCCACGCACGUCCAACAACUUGGGAAUCACUAUCGUGGGUGGAAUCGACACUGCUCUGCGAUGCGUGGUGGUGCAGGAGGUGUUCGCCGAAGGGCUCGUGGCGCAGGACGGACGCCUCAGGCCGGGAGACCAGAUCAUCGAGAUCAACGGCACCGAUACCACAAACGCCUCUCACCACCAAGUUUGCCAAUUAUUGCGGAAAUCAGGACCUGUUUUACGACUGGGCGUCUACAGGGAGCGCAUCGAGGCUUAUCACUCGCGCAGCUCGGCGCAUUACGAGGAAGAGCACUUCAGCGUGGUCUUGGAGCGGAACCAGGAGCAGCAGUUAGGCGUGCGGCUGAGCGGCUGGUGGAUGGAGCCGGGCAUCUUCAUCCUGGAGGUCAUAGAGGGCAGUCCUGCCGACAAGUGCGGCCGCUUCGAACCCUACGACCGCAUCGUGUCAAUUAACGGCGAGGACGUCCAGAAGCACCGACUGGAACAGGCCUCGCAAUUAAUUCAGAGCUGUGAAAAGGUGACGUUGGUGGUGGCGCGGCGUCGUCUGAGCAAGGAGAAGCACGAGUCGUCGUCGAGCUGCUCCGAGUCGGACGCGUCGCCGUGCCGCAGUUGGCAGCAGGUGGAGUGCACGCCGGACCGCAACAUGAACACCACCAAGAUCAUCUACCACCACGAGGGCUUCCGCAGCAGCUCGUGCGAGGCCCUGAUCGAGGAGAACCAAUUCCGCUGCGUCGCCGACUCGAGCAGCAGCGCCACCUCCUCGGGCACGUCGCACAAGAGCAAGCGCUGGUCGCUGGACAACGCCGAGGACAUCGCACUCAUGCGAUACUACCAACGUAACAGCAACAAGCAGCUCGACGCCGUCCUCCUCCAGCAGAAGACUGUCAGCAUCUGCAAGGAUCCAAACGAGAGCUUGGGGAUGCGCAUCGGCGGCGGGCUGGGCAGCAACGAGGGCGACAUCCCCAUCUACAUCGCCAACAUCCACCCGCAGGGCUGCAUCGGCAGGACGCAGCAAGUUUGGAAGGGAGACAUUCUGCUCAGCGUGAACGGCACCAGUCUGCUCGGCCUGACACACUCGCAGGCGGUGGCCACGCUAAAGGCCACGGUCGAAAGGUCAAUCGUCGGCCUUGGACUGCUCGAGGGACCUGAGACGUCGGUUGGCAGCCAUAAUUUCAUUCCCUCUUGGCUUUACUGGCAAAAACUACCAAGGUGCCUGCAGUUUCCGCGGAUAGUGGUGCUAAACCGCAGUCCUGGAGCGAGUCUCGGCUUCAGCAUCGUGGGCGGCGACGACCCCAUCAGGGGACCGGAGCCGAUCCACGUGCUGUUCGUCGUGCAAGAGUCGCCAGCCGCCAAAGACGGAAAGCUCAAAUGUGGCGACCGCCUGUUGGCCGUCGACGGACACAGUUUAGAGAACGUCAAGCACGCCACCGCCGUCAAAAUGCUGAAGCAGACCGGCACCAGAGUCACCCUCGAGGUCGUCUCGUGGCUCGGCACAGAGCUCUGAGUGAGCGAAGAAAACACGGAAAAAAUUAACACACACGAUCGCGUCAAUUGGAGAGAGAAAGAAUCUGUCGAACUGAAAUUAUUAAUAAAUAAUUAUUAAGAAUG